UCCUCCCAGCUUCACAACCACUCAGGAACAGCUACCUACAGUGCCUGUCUUCUCACAGACUCAUCAGCCUCUAGAAAGAAAUCAUCAUGGGCAGACAGAAGGUGUAUUUGAACAAACUGGCCCGGUUCUUCCAGAUCCGUAAUUUGCUGCUUCGCCAGGCCCUGGCAGAGUGUCUCGGCACCCUCAUCCUUGUGAUGUUUGGCUGUGGUGCGGUGGCCCAGCUGGUGUUGAGCAAAGGCUCCCAUGGCAUGUUCCUCACUGUCAACUUUGCCUUCGGCUUCGCUGCCAUGUUAGGCAUCCUGGUCUGUGGCCAGGUAUCAGGUGGCCAUCUGAACCCUGCGGUGACCUUUGCUAUGUGCCUGCUCGGAAGAGAGCCCUGGAAAAAGUUCCCCAUGUACUUCCUCUUUCAGACAAUUGGUGGUUUUUUCGGUGCUGCCAUCAUUUUCGGCAUGUACUACGAUGCCCUGUGGGACCUCCCUGGAUGUUUCAAUGUGACUGGGAUUAAUAAUACAGCUAAGAUCUUUGCUACCUACCCUGGACCACAUCUCACCAUUGUCAACGGCUUCUUUGAUCAGAUAAUCGGCACAGCAGCGCUGAUUGUUUGCAUUCUGGCUAUUGUGGAUCCAUACAACAACCCCAUCCCCCAGGGGCUGGAGGCCUUCACUGUGGGAUUUGUGGUUCUGGUUAUUGGAUUGUCUAUGGGCUUUAACUCUGGCUACGCUGUCAAUCCUGCCAGAGACCUUGGACCACGUCUUUUCACCGCUAUGGCUGGAUGGGGCAGCGACGUUUUCACGGUUAGAAACGGCUGGUUCCUGGUGCCCCUUUUCGCCCCGUUCCUUGGCACCAUCAUCGGCGUGGUAAUUUACCAGCUGAUGGUCGGCUUCCAUGUGGAGGGAGAAGUACGUGACCAGAAGAGCGCAGAGGAGGAGAAUGUCCGACUCACCAACGUCACCAACAAUGACAGACCCAAAGACGCUACCAAAGAAAUGCACUGAGCACACAUGCACAUUCUGUAAAUAUCGACACACAUCAUUAUUUUUCCUUCCAGACACAACUGUUUUUUACAAACCUUAUUUACAGCUGUUGGGGCAUCUCCCACGUUAGCUGUGUGUGUGUGUGUGUAUGAAAACAGGCCAAUCUCUUUACAUUAUCAUGUAUGAUUGUAUUAUAUUGUAGAGAAUGAUCGUGUGCGAGUGUAGAGGGGAGAAACACGACUUCAGAAACACAGAAUUACAUUAAUUCUUUUAGGAGAUGAACAUUUGGAUCUUAGAGUCUAGAGCGCUCCAGUUUGAACAGUAUUCAAUGGUUUAAUACCAAUGUAGUUUUAUAUAACUUUUUACACGGCAGAUGUAUUUUGACAGACGUAUGUCUUGCCCAACUAGUUUCUAUGCAUUUUGUCAGUCCAGAAUCUUUCACUGUUAACAUUUGAAUUCAGGGAAAUUGUCAGGAAAUUGGGAAACUUCAACCUAAAAGUUCCAUUAUUGAAGUAUAUUGAACAUUUUAAGUAUAGUAAGUGAAAUGAUGCUAUCCAUGUAGACUACAUCGACUCUGUUGUUAAGAGCUGACACAUGGUGGUGAAGCUAAAUCCGUUUCACAGCAUUCUUCACUUUACCACGGCUAUUUAAAAGCAGCCAUAUUAAAGCUGCUGUCUUUUUAUAGACACUCUCUUUGCCAUGUUAAAGUCCCAACCAGUAAGUCUUAAACAAGCUGACAGUUAUUGUGAUAUGUCAUCAUUUCCCCCUUUGUAUGAACGAAAUGUUAUCAGAAGAAUCAUUGUAGCCUUCUAAUUUCAUCCUUGAAAAUAUCAGACAUGUGUUAACAAAUGACAAUGAUCUUCAAUGUAUGGCACAAUAUGUACUGUAGUUUAUGCCCGUUGAUGUGUUGUACAUGAGUCCAUGGUUGGGUGCUGAACUGGACUGUGAGCACCUUGGUAGAUUGUAUGUAGGUUGAGGGGAAAUGCUUUUGUACUGAUACAAUAAAGUCCUGUUUUUGAUUGUUACAUGAA